AUGAAUGAUUCACGCAAGGCCACAGAUCGGCUACUAGCUAUUGCCCGAUCAUUACAACAUCCCGACUCGAAUUAUGGUUUACCCGAAGACUUCAUUCGAAAGCUUCGUGCUGCCCUCCUGUCUGACCCAUUAGUACCAAGGCCUAAUCCCUCCAUCUCCCUUUGGCAAGAACCUGCUCACCCAACUGUAUCAAGCAUCCAGUCUCCCACUCUUCCAGAAUAUGCUGAUGUUGUUGUCAUUGGCUCUGGUAUAACUGGCUGCAGCGUUACAAAAGCCCUGCUUGAGGAUGACACACUAGACCCUACAAGUCGCAUUGUCGUACUCGAGGCUCGGACCCUUACCAGCGGCGCAACUGGCCGAAAUGGAGGUCAGCUCGUGUCUCCAGUCGGCCAUCUUUACCAUACCAUUUGCAAAAGACACGGCGAAGAGACAGCCAAGGAGAUGUGCCAUUUUAGCUUCAUGAAUAUUGAACGGAUCAUGGGUAUGCUUGACGAACUAGAUCCGGAGCUCCGGGAGUCAAGUGAGAUUCGACACGUCCAUAAGGUUAUGGUCGCUGGGGAUGCGGAGACUUGGGAUGCUUCGAAGGAGUCUCUGAACUCUUUCCGGGAGGCAAUUCCCAGUCAUAAAACCGUCCACCGUGUUACUGAGCAAGACGGCUUAGCAAAGGAGUUCAACAUCAAGAGUGGUCAUGGUGUGAUUGACCAUCCUGCUGGCGCAGUCUGGCCAUACCGCCUCAUAACUGACAUCUUCGAACGUCUUCUCGUCCAAUACCACGACCGCCUUUCGAUCGAGACAAACACUCCCGCAACAGCGAUAAAAUACACACCUGGCACGACAAGGGAUGGUUCUUCGAUGCCUAACUACCCAUAUAUCAUUGAGACUUCACGAGGUGCUGUUCACGCCAAGCAGGUGAUUCACUGCACGAACGCGAACGCUGCACAUUUGCUGCGCCCAUUGAUAGGAAGACUCUACCCAUAUAGAGGGACAAUGUCUGUUCAGAAGCCUGGACCGGAUCUGGAAAACGCGGGAAAUCACCGAUCAUGGAGCUUCCUGAGCAAGUCGACGCUGGAUCCCGUGUCCGAGCGUUUUGAUGGAGGCUUGUACUAUCUCCAACAGCAUGCUACCACUGGAGAUAUAUGGGUCGGCACCGACUAUUCUAAUGUAUUUGAUGUUCUUACGUCUGAUGACACUGCUGUACCGGGCCACUCAGUCGAAGCCUUACUGAAGUUCUUGCCUAACUACUUUGCCAAGGGAUGGCCGGAAGAUGAGCGACCGGAGUUGAAAGGAGUAUGGACCGGACUACAAGGGCACACAUCGGAUGGACUCCCAUUGGUAGGUAAGCUCCCGAAGAGUGUCUCUGAGCGUGACGGCGAUGGUGAGUGGAUUGCUGGUGGUUAUAGUGGGUAUGGGAUGGACAAGGCUUGGAUGAUCGGCGAAGCGCUUGUUAGUAUGAUUACGGGCAAGGGAGUUCCUGAAUGGUUACCCAAGGCGUUUCUUAUUACAGAUCAGAGACUUGAACGAGACAUCACGGUGGAGAAGUCAGUCGCCAAGUGGGUGUCGAUAGCUAAGACUGGUGAUUGGUAA